GUGGUUUACCGUACAGACUUGAUUUUAUCCACGUACAUCGUAGUUUUCCGCGAAUUUGACUAGUUUGUUUGCCUUCUUUUCAAAUUUAAUAGGUACGGUACAUAAGUUACCAGUAUCGGUAGUCCAAAAAGGUUCUCUCUCCCUAUCAAUAAGACUUUGUAAUCUAUCCCAGUGCCUUUUUACUACCAGUAGUUGCUGGUGGGUGCUAGUACCGUAAUUAUUCGAAAAGGGCAAAUUAAAAUAGUCUAGUAUCUGCUGCAUUCUGCAAAACUACGAAUACAAGGAUAUGGAUGGCAGAAACGACGGAAGUCCAAGACAUGCAGAACGACGUCGCGAAAGAGAGAGAUCUCGACCAACACCAUAUUCAAGAGAAGAUAUUAUUGGAAGCAGACCUGGAGGAAACAAAAAUCCUCCAUAUAAUCGAAUAUUUGUGAGCAAUAUUCCAUAUGAUCAAAAAUGGCAGAUUCUCAAGGAUCUUUUUCGAGAGCAAAUUGGUACAGAUUCUGUAACUUAUGUCGAACUGAUGAAUGAUGAAGCUGGUAAUUCGAAGGGAUAUGGGAUUGUCGAAUUUAAAACAAAGGAAUUGAUGAGAGAUGCCGUUGACAAAAUGAAUGGAUACAUGUUAAAUGAUAGAAAAUUAGUCGUGAAAGAGGAUCCUUUUGGUGACCUUGUGAAAAGAUCUAUGCGGCGUGAUGCAAAUAAAAAUCAAAUGGGCAGAGGUCCACAUGACAGACCAGGCCACAUUCAGUCCUUGAUGUCAUUACCUCCACCCAUGCCUGGACAUGGCCCACAACCACAGUCUCAUUUUAACCGAGAUGAUAGACAGCAAUCUAUGGGUUCUUUUAGUUCUGGAAGAAAUAUUAAUCAGACGAUAUUAGAACUUACUCAUGGAAAUCAGCCCACAGAUACUAUUUUUGUUGCCAAUCUCGAUUAUAGUGUAUCGUACUCAAAACUGAAAGAAGUUUUCAAACUUGCUGGAACUAUUGUGAAAAUUGAUAUGCAGUUGAACCAAGAUAACACAAGUCGAGGAAUGGCAACGAUUACUUAUGAAACUCCACUUGAAGCACUACAAGCAAUCUCCUUAUUCAAUGAUCAAAAGUUGUAUGACAGGCCAAUGGUGGUUAGAUUGGAUAGAGAAAGUGUUGGAUCAUCCAAGAAGGAGUUGCCCAGUGGUUUACAAGGCCUUGGUCCAGCCCUCAACUUAAAUGCUUUAGCAUCUGGAGAUAACCCUUUGAGAGCACCUUCUCAAAGCAACUUGGAUAUUGUGGAACUAGAAAUGUUGGCAGCUAAGAAAAAACUCCUUGAAAGUGGUUUGAAUUCUGGAAGAAACUUGUCUGGAAUACCAGGUCUUCUUAAGCCGUUGAAUCAACCACCUGUUCAGGACUCUCUCGGUUUUAAACUUUCUUCUUUGAACUCUAAACAAUCACCAUUGGCUGCAAGCUUGACAAGUCUUAUGAAUUCUGGCUUACUACCACAGCAUUCACGUACCAAUGUCUAUGAUUCCAUGAGAGGAAAUUCUUCAAGCAGCAGUAAUAGACUGGGAAAUCAACAAUACAGUAAUGGUAGCCGAUCGACAGGAUUACAAAUGACAGAUAGAGAUCGAAUAGAAAUGGACAUAGCACGUGUUGACAGCAGAAUACGGGAUCUGGAUCGAAGUUUGAGCUCAGCUAAUGAACUGAAAAGGAGUAGCAAUCAUGGAAGAGGUGGUGAUAGGGAUCCAAAAACCUCACUUUUCAUCAGAAAUCUUCCAUUCAGUUUGCAAUGGCAAAGGCUGAAAGAAAUAUUUUCUAGAGUUGGAAACGUAACAUUUGCUGACAUUAAAACCGAUAAUGGCCGUUCUAAAGGAUAUGGAUUUGUUCAUUAUGAAACACCAGAAGAAGCAAUUCUGGCUGUAGGACAUUUUAAUGGUGCAGAAGUUGAUGGUCGAAGAAUUGAAGUUCAAUUAACUGAUGACAAAUAUGGACGAGGGCGAUAAAGCUGAAAGAUGCAUAUUUUUCGACAGUUGAAAACUAUGUUUGGAUUGUCAAACAACUAAUAGACACUCUACUCUUGAGGACAAUAUUUAGAGGAAUUCGUUGGUGAAUGAUUCACUUUAAAAUAUCCAAUGCCAGAUAAGGUGUUUAAUUGUUUUAGGUAUUGUGCUUCGGGAAAGAAGUUGCAAUGAACAAGUUGGAAGGAAUGUAUCAUCUCGAUGCUUUGCAUAUAUAACCUGUAAGAAAUUUAAAAUAAAAGAUUCGUUUUUUUAUUAAAAAAUGUCUAGAAUAUG